UCUCCAACAACGACGACGAUCUUUAUUCAUAAGAGACAUAAAAGCUGGAUUUGAAAGAAAAGGCUUUCAUACCUUAUUCUGAUAGCGGUGUAGUUUUCAUCGGAAAAUUUACCAUCGCAUCUUCAAUGAUUGGGGAUUAAUGCGAGAGAGAAGGCUGAUAUUUCAGUGACUAUAACACUGGUCGAACUCAUUGAUUUUGUGAGGAAUAACUGAUAAGUUUUGAAUGAACUGUUACUAGAGGAUAAGAUGGAGAGGUUCAUGAAACUCAGUGUUGUCGUGUUGGUUCUGGCAAUAUGCAUAUUUGCAUUCCUACCGUCAGGUAACUCCCGUACCUAUAAACGAGUGAAGCGCGCCGCGCUUUAUGGAACCUAUUACAGAGCAAGCUACAGCCGUUACUAUUAUAGAGCAAGUUAUUACGGUGGCAGCUAUUAUGGCACUAGGUACAGCGGCGGUGCUUCAAGCCUAACUAUCGGCCUGGUGGUAGGGUCCAUCACUCUCGUUGUCAUCAUUGUCGGGAUAGUGCUCUGCUUGAAAUUCUGCAAGCGUGGGCAACGACAGAAUAGGGUUACUGCAAUUCAAGGUGGAACUGCCAGGCAACCACCCCCAGGGUACGCAGGUCCACCACCCGCGUAUCCAGGAUCGCAGCCACUUUAUCCGAUGCCCACGCAGCCCUAUUCCGUCCAGCCGGGGCCAGCAUACAACCAGGCGCACCCCGCCCCACCGUACCCACCGCCGGCUGUCGCUAAUGGUGCGGUGGACGCCGCAUAUCCCCCUGGUAUUCCACCGAAGUAUUAGAAUAGAGAAACGUGAUUCAUGAAGCAACGACCAACGUGGGGUCAGGACAACAGAAAUGCAAUUUUCACAAGGACUCGCAGUUAUUGAAAUGUACAAUUAUGCGACCAUGACGUCAACAUGUUUGAUAUAGUGUUUUUCAUAUAUCGUUCCGGGCAAAGGUGAUUAUAGUUGAAGUCAGGAAUGUGACCAGAUCUAAACAUUUUACCAAAAGGUGAGUGGCAGGAGUAGCGCAGCCUACCAAGUGCCAACGACAAAAUGUAAAGCGGGUCAACUAUGACACUGACUGCCCAUUGGCUGAGUAACAUUACAAUUUGUGAUGAGAGGUCAGCCAAGUACCUGCUCUGAAAAACACUAUAGCCCGAGUAAAUACUGUUGUUAUUGUCGUAAGUUAAACAUUGUGUAUAUAUACAUGUAUUUUCAUUGAGGUGUUCAUUUCAAAUAAAAACAAACAACAACAAAAACUGAUAA